UCCCUGUGUAAACAUGUGUAGCUUGAUUUUACAUUACGCUUUGAACACAAAAGUUCAUUAACACUCUAUUGCCCAUGUAUGCAAAUUUUACUUGGUCCAUGGUCUCAUGAAGAAGCAAGAAAGGGGACACCAAAUAGAGCUCCAGUUUUUUUAUCUAUCUAUAUGUAUAACUGAUUAGCGCCACCCCUUCCAAAAAACAAAAAAGCUAUCCUUCAAAAAGGAAAAACUGAUUAGUUUUUUUUUAGACACUCUUGCUAAGCUUUAUUAAUCUUUCAGAACGUUUACGGGUAUGAAAGGAAUUUCCCCCGGACGGCCUAACCAGACAUGGCGGCCAAAUCAAAGGGUUAAAGCAUGCUUAGCAAGACUGCGAGCCUCGAAAUUCGAGCUCCUAUACUCAUGGACUAUGUUACAAGAUGAGAACGCUCUCUUAUUUCGUGCACUAUAGCUCCAUAAGUCGCUGAUGAGUUGUGCGUGAUGUCCUUCACCACCGUCAGGCAAUCCCACGCAACUUGAAUCUGCGUGACAAAAAGAUCCUCUGCAAUUGACAAACCCUCACGUACUGCCGAAGCUUCAAGAGUUGUUGGUUCUGCAAUAUAUCUGAAAGUGAUUGCAGAGGCUCCAAGAAAGUUACCACGUUGAUCUCUGCCAACUACAACCACCGCUCCAUGAGUACCAUCUACUACCACUAUAAAAGCACAAGAUGGCGGAGAACCAAAUCAUCCUAUCCAUCAAAACCUGCAAUCUGAUGGUCUACAUCUCUCCAGAUACUAAACGCGUUUUAUGCUUUAAUUACCCAUCGUGCCAUUAUGUUAAUUAAUUACCCACCAUGCCAUUGGGUUAAUAUCCUCACGAACAUGUCCCGUCAGAAAAAAAAACCUCACGAACAUGUCGUUGCCCCUCUCGCGACCACGCCGUCGGGGCAGUUUUGGCCACCGCCCCACCCCUCGCCCCACCUCUUCCCCAGAUCCUCCCCGCCAGCCACCCUCCUCGACCCGUGCCUCCGUCUGCAGGCCGCCGCCGGACCGCCCCGUCCACGCGCCGCCGCCAGGGCCGCCCCGUCCACGCGCCUCCGCCUGCACGUCGCCGCCGGACUGCCCCGUCCACGCGCCAGCCGCCCGGGCCGACCCAUCCACGACGCCGUUCACACCAUUCUCUCCUUGCACGGCCGCCUACAAAGGAUAUGGGCCAGGGUGAGCAUGAGCGUGGCAUCGUGGAACCAGGAAGCACCUGCCCAGGAAGAUCAUCUACACCCGCCCGCCUGUCCAUGCACCAGUGGUGGACUGGAGCUACAAAAAAUAUAUUGGGCGGGUCACAGCGAAAUCGCCGUGGUGACGGAUUUCUCUGGUUUGACAUUCAAAAUUACCGAUGUGCCAACGACUCCUCGCCUUUGUUCCUCGACGCAUAUGCCCCUGCGCCCGUUCCUCAGCAUAGUCAGCGACACAGACGCCGGUGCUGUCGUUCCUCUCAUAGCGGAGGACUCGGAAGCCGCUACUGUUGUUCCUCUACGCGACACCGACGUUGUGCCCUCCAGAACCAUGGCAGGACGCCAUGUGAAUGCCUCAGGGAGUGUGUGGAUGCCCACCAAAUGUUUGAUGGGUUCCCCUAAUUGAUCUUUCUAUGUAGCUAGCCCUCUCUAUUUCAGUCUCUCCCUACUCCUAUACAGCUAUACUCCAUGCCUCGGGUGAUGUUAUUUUGUUUCAGUUUUCUGCCAGAUUUAACACUGACCUUUUGUUCAAAUCCUCUCCAGGUUGAACCACUGAAAGGGAGCACCCAAAGAUGCAGAGGCAACAACUCCAAAGAAUCAAUACGGUGAUGUGUUUUCAGUAUUCCUAAAAUAAAUGAAGUAAUGGUGUGAUUAGCACUGACAUUGAUGGAUCAUUCGUUGCUAUUGAGAAAAUCAUCACACUCUGUUAAGACAGAUUCCAUUUGUUUUUAGCACAAGCUCGCAUAGGUGUCGUAUGAAAUUUGAGUCAUUUGAACAUUAAGGAUAUAGGUAGUUCCUGGUUGCUCUCUGCAGUAUAUUCAUUCGAACACCAAGGAUGUGAGUAGAUUCAGAUGAUUUUUAUUACAUAAAUGAGUGUUUAAUGUAUC